AUGGCCCCCUUCCCAUCUCCUGCCAAGCCACGUCCCAUCUCAAGACACCGCUCAGCAGAGCCCCUGCCGCCACCAUUACCGCCAAAGGCCAUCGAUCUCAACAGUUCAACACGGUCAGCAGAUCAGGAGACCAGCAGCAAAGUCACACGGAGAGCAUUUCUGUGUGAUGUUGUGGUGGAGAAACAAGGAGAAGAGACCGCCAACCUCCUUGCUCAUCUGGGAGAGCCCUUACAGCCACUAUCAACACUACCAGCACCCGAUACAUCAUCAAAGAGCUCUCCGACAACACCCUCACGGCUUUCACGACCUUCAGAUGCCGACGAUGAAGAGCGGGAAGAUGCAGUGCCAGCGUGGACGGCUGCCAAGCGACACGAGAUGGAGAAACGAUUGGAGAACUUGAUUGACGAGUUGGUACGGACAGAGAAGAGCUAUUACUCGAGAAUACAUGCUCUCAAGACUGCCUAUGCCGACAGACUACGCUUGUACUCGAAGGACCCCAAUCAAGCACUUAUUCCGCCAUACGAGGCGAAGGCGAUGUUUGCCAAUAUCGAGGCAAUCGUCCCUGCUUGUCAUUCUUUUUACACCGACCUUUGUGAGAUGCUGGCGGCUGGACGCGCGGAAGACACUGUCGGAGAUGUGUGUUUGAAACACUUCAAAACUUUGCGAACUUUUGAUCCUUAUAGGACAUAUCUGAGCAAACAGGACGAAUCUCAGAAGCUCUUCCAAGAGUCAUUGAAGAAGUUCUCAGGAUUUGCUAGUUUUAUCGAGAGUACCAAAUACCAGACCACAGGCAUUGGGAACAUCGGCCUGAGAGAGCUUCUGAUGGAACCUGUUCAACGUGUACCCCGGUAUACCCUCCUGUGGCAAACUAUGAUCAAGUGUAUGUCUCCAUUGUCCACUCAGCGGGCCAAGCUCCUUGAGGCGAUUGCAAUUGCUUCACGAAUCGCUCGAUGCGAACCAGAUCCUCAAACUGUUCGGGCUACUGUCAUGUACAAUCUGGAGAGGAACAUUGACGACUUCCCGGCCAAGCUGUUCAGCAACAAUCGAGACUAUAUCGACGCCAUCGAUGUCGAGGACAAUCCAGCUGAAUACCCGACAAUGCAGUCACCCAAUGGGCGGCCACUCAACUCUGCUACACCUCCUCUACAUUGUACCCUGUUCUUGUUUGAUGACAAGCUUAUGAUUGUCAAACGACAAUCGGCAUCAAUAAGCGGAAGAAAGGUCACAGGGACGGACGACGUGCAAAGACUUGUCAAGUCUGGAGGAGGAAUUGCGGUCAAAGAGAAGAACAAUGGGAAGAGGGACAAGCUCAGCUUCAAGGGAGAGGUGGACGUGCUCGAUGUGAUGGCGUCGGAUGUCGGCAACGGGGAGUUUCACCUCUUUUUCAAAAACCCACCAGUCGACCAAUCCGGCCGCUGGUCUGGUCGCGCCUUCCGCUCCUACUCCACCGUCCACCCACCUUACUCCGUCUCCCUUGAUCCCAUCGCUACGAAACGAGACAAGAUGCGGUUUAUCCACAAUCUCUGGGCCGCUCAAGCUCUCGCACGAGCCAAAAUACUGCCUUCCACCGAGAACAGGGCGGUGCCCAAGGUUUUGCAGAGUGAACAGGAAGUAGACUUUGAGGGUGCGCAGUUGGAGCGGGCGAGAUGCUUCUGGGACGUCUGGGACAGGUCUACAUGGGGAGGACAGCGGUUGGCCAGGGUGGUCGUUCAUGUCGAUGAAGAUGGGGAGGCUCCGGAGCUUCUUCUCGACCCGCGCCGCCAAGAGCUCUCGGUCUAUCUGCAACCUAUGGCCGGGGGGCUUUGUCGAUAUGCGCAUUCUGUCCCUGGUGAAGAAGAGGGAGAGAGAGCGGUCAUCGAAAUGAGCGAAGUGAGAGCAAAGAUUGCUUCUACGAUUCAUGAACACGGGAUCUUCAAGUUCCGAACCGGCACAACGUCCUGUCCCACCACUCCCUCCACUGGUACCCACCGAUACCGACCAUCGAUGCUCAACCUUGACACAAUCUCCCGUAAUCUGUUCGGCGCGAGCAGCGUCUCUGGCCGAAGCGGUACCAGCUCCGACAUGUUUAGCACUUCUAGCUCGAAGCGAAACUCCCGACCCGCCAUGAGCCGCUCGUCAACACUGGAGACGAGCCUGUGUUCGAUGGAAGGACCCGAGGAAAAGGAGAAGGAGAAGGAGCCCAGCAAGAAGCGGUUCUCCAAGAUGCCGGCGUCCCCGGAAUCAGCCGGGCUGAUUGCCGGGGCACCAUAUCCUUCCGGUACAGAGAAGAUCGGGCAGAGCGAAAAGGACUUGAACUCGAGGUUGGAUGUGGCAAGGCAGAACAGUCACUCUGCUUCUCUCAGCCCACGACCCAGUAGCACCUCCGUGAAAACGGCCAAGCUGGGGUCCAAGAGUGUGGCAGAGCUGCGCAGAAGCCACGAAGAGUUGGCGGAGAAAACGGUGGCAAGAGUCAACACGAGUAGGACACCUUCUCCUUUGCCACAUCUCUCGCCGACACCUGCAACUGGUCGAACACCGUCUCCUCGCCGGCCCUUGUCAUCCGAGACGGACGCCACUCCUCAAGCUCGAUCACUGCCCACGCCCAAACCCUCUCUGGCGGUGAAUACUGCUCCGCUCGUCAUUCGGAAGACACCCAGUCGUACGCAGACUCUACGAUCAGAGGGCUCGAUUGCUUCCCCGCAUAGAGUCCCCAGUCCCGCUCCUAACGGGGCGACGCUGAGUUCGCAGCCUUCACUCUCACGACCUUCUGGACCUAGGGGCCCUGCACCAAGGAGCCCUCAGCCCCACCCCCCUCCUCUGGCGACAGCAUCCAGUGCUAGCUCGAGUGUUAGCACUGGGUCGACACCUUCUGCUAUCGGGUCAGGUCACACUCGCCUCCGUAUCGUCUCGGGCAAUGGCCGUCGUAUCUCCCUGAACCGCGAGACCAUCCCUCUCAAGGGCGACGAAGAGAAUACAUCGCCAGCUACCAACACUCCCACCUCUCACAACCUUCCCCUUUCUAUCAAACGCCAGCACUCUGCCGACUGCCUUUCUCCGCGUAAACGUUCUCCCUCUCUCAACAAGAGUCCUCUACUCGAGACGCCUUUGCAGCCCCUGGUCAUUAGACGGACGAGCGCGCAAAUGUCGGGGGCGAGUACGCCCAGACGGACUAGUGGCUUGGCGAAUUCGAGGACGGUCUCAGCUUCUCAGCAUUCGAUCACGAGCGUGGCCAGUGCAGACACUGUCAACACUGUCGCGACCACGAGUGCAGAGGAUGUCGAGAUGAAGGAGCAUGCAGAUGUGGUCAGCGCGGUUGAUGCUACUUUGAAAAAGAUCCAUGACGCCAGAGGCUCCACUAAACGGCUGAAAUCUGAAAUGUCGAGCUUGAGGAAGCAGAUGGUCAAGGACACUGUCAAGUCCAAGGAGUCACUCUCGGUCAAGAUGGACAGACAAGGUUCGCUCCCAAGAUCACCCCACAAACGGAAUAUGAGCCGCAUUGCCGACCAUGACAUCAACGAUCCCUCUCUUCAUCGACAGCCCUCCCAGUCCAAGAAAGAGAUAGACACUAUCGUCAUGGACGAGUGUGCUCGCGGUAUCGUGCAGAUCGUGCAGAGGGUGGAUGGACAUUUGAAGCAAGCCGAGACUGACGCGGGGCAGGCUGCGCAGUUGGCCAGGAAGGUCAUGGGGGAGAACGACGAGAAGAUGCAGGAGAUGGUGUCGAUGAGGAACCAACUGCACAGGUCUAGAGAGCACAAUGAGCUGUUGCAACGCCAAUUGGGGGAUUCGCAGAUUGAGCUUGAUGUUGUCUACGAAGCGUUUAACACUGAGCUAGACGGCAUGUUCAACGACGCUCAACUGCCAGAAACCGAAGCUUUCCAGGCUCUGCGGAACGACCUCCAAGUGACCAAGGCGAACAGGAACGUGCUGCAGUUGGAGAACCAGAAACUGAAGCGGGAGUUGGAGGAGGCAAAUCUGAAGAGGGAGCAGUGA